CUUGGGAGUUCGAUGCUUGCGCAGUGUGAAGCUGGGCUUGCUUUCGCAGUUUCAGAACGCUGGAGAGCUCCUGCUGGCAAACAGAGUUAUCAGAAUCGCUUUCCAUGGUCUGUGGGAGAAAAAAGAGAUGGUCGUAAUAAAAGAAUGAGAAGUAAAGAACGGAUUCAAAGGAGUGAAAUGUAGGAGGCAAGAUUUUCAUACUAUUGUUCGCCGCGUUAAGAUCAUCGGUGUCAAUUUAGAACUGAGAGAUGGACUUGGCAGAAAUUCUCUUGGCGCUGUUAAUUGUUGUUGUCAUGGUUGUAUCCUUGUUAUCGAACUUACUGGUAUUCCUAUGCUUUAUCUACAGCACCAAAAUCCGCAAACAAGUGGCUGGUAUUUUUAUUAUGAACUUAUCAUUUUGCAAUUUACUUAUUACUGUUUUGAACAUGCCAUCCACCUUGCUAGGGAUUGUCAAAAACCAACAGCCCUUUGGCGAGUUCAUCUGCCAAGCUGUAAGUUUUCUGGAUACUUUUUUGACUACAAACACUAUGCUAAGCAUGGCAGCGUUGAGCAUAGACAAAUGGAUUGCUGUGGUGUUUCCCCUGAGCUAUUCCAGCAAAAUGAGAUUCAAGGACGCAAUGAUCAUGAUGGGCUAUUCGUGGCUCCACUCCCUUACCUUCUCCAUUGUCUCCCUGCUUUUUUCUUGGGUUGGCUACAACAAUAUUUAUGCAUCCUGCACCUUAUAUUUAAAAGAAGAAAGAGACACAAGAAAGUUUACUGUGCUCACCAUCGUUUUCCAUGCUACCAGUUUCAUGCUUUCUCUUCUAAUAUUGUGCUUCACGUACUUAAAGGUUUUAAAGGUAGCACGGUUUCACUGCAAGAGGAUAGACAUCAUCACCAUGCAGACGCUGCUUUUGCUGGUUGAUAUUCACCCAAGUGUUAAACAACGAUGCCUUGUGGAACAGAAAAGGAGAAGACAGCGGGCGACAAAAAAGAUCAGCAUCUUUAUCGGUUCUUUUAUUAUCUGUUUUGCCCCUUACGUUAUCACGAGGUUAAUAGAACUUCUUCCAUUUGUAACAAUUAACUACCACUGGGGAAUUAUAAGUAAGUGCCUCGCGUACAGCAAGGCUGCAUCAGACCCCUUUGUGUAUUCCCUUCUGUGUCAACAGUACAAGAAGGUCUUGAUCACCAUCGUCAACAGGAUGCUUAAAAGGGAUUUGUAUCCUUCAUCAGGUCAUAACAGCUCUUUAGACACUGAGAAUGACUACUGCUUCCAGCGAGGGAACUGAAUAUAUAAAGUUCUAUUGCAAGAGAGGACCUGUUUAAAUGCACUUUCAUUUGUUUAGGCAUUACAAAAACUCAAAGAAAAGCCAAAGGCAACUUUUUAUUUCUCACAUCAAAGCUUAUUUUAACUGAACGUACUGCCAGUUCAUCAAUAUAUGAAACUGGAUGUAAUAAAUAAAAUGUAUUUGUAUUCCUACAUUGCAGUAAUGUUUAUAAAAUAUGGAUGUAUAUAAAGUGGUCUAUGUUAGCAUCUAUUUUGCACAGAAAUGUAUGUGCGUGUGUUUUUAUUUUAAAGUAUGAGGGAUUCUAGAGUCAGAACAAUGGAGUACAUCCAUACUGAACCUGACCAAUUGUAUCCUAUGUACCUUAGGAUAGCUUCCUUAUGUGGAUCAAAGCUAGACCAA